CGUGGUCAUAAUAGAAUGACAGACAAUUGCAAAAAUUGUUGUUUUGGUUCGCAAGAGAUAAAAUUCUAAUCGAUAGCUAAUAAUUGAUUUUGUUUUUUGCUAAUAGCUAUAUAUAGCUGUAAAUUUGUGGCAAAUUGUUGUAAUCCAGACUUCAUCAAGCUUCAAAAUGAGGCUCACAUUGUGUACCAUAUUUUUGAUCGUUUCUCUUCACGGGUCUUUUGCACCUCCGGUAACCCAAGAUAAAGCAAAAGAUGAUAGUGAAAUCAAAGAUGACUUGGAAGAUUAUAUGGAGUAUCAUCGUUACCUGAAAGAAGUGGUCCAAGCCCUCGAAAGUGAUCCAGACUUUCGUGAAAGACUGGAAAAAGCUGAUGAAGAGGAUGUUAGGACUGGCAAAAUUGCUGAACACCUUGACUUUGUCAAUCAUAAUGUUAGGACCAAACUGGACGAAAUUAAACGGAGGGAGUUGGACCGACUACGUCAUUUAGCUACGAAGCAAUUUGAAAUUACUAACAACCUUGAACACGAAGGGAAAGUGCCGACUAGUGAUCAUUUAGAUCACCACAAUCCACAUACAUUUGAAAUAGAGGAUCUCAAAAAACUUAUAAAGAAAACAACUGAGGACUUAGAAGCUGCGGACAAACAGCGAAAGGAUCAAUUUAAGGAAUAUGAAAUGCAAAAAGAAUUUGAGAAACAUCAGAAAUUGGAAGGUAUGGAUGAAACACAAAAAAAGGAAUAUAUGGAUAAUCUAAAGACUGAAGAAGAGGCUAAAAAACACCACAAACCGAUCCACCAUCCGGGAUCCAAACAGCAAUUAGAGGAAGUAUGGGAGAAACAAGACCAUAUGGACCAACAAUUUGACCCUAAAGCAUUCUUCAUGAUGCACGAUGUUGACGGUAAUGGCGUAUGGGACGCGGACGAGGUAAAAGCUUUAUUUAUCAAGGAGUUAGACAAAUUGUAUGGACCUGGAGGUCCCAACAAGGAUUUGCAUGAGAGAGCCGAGGAAAUGGAAAGGAUGAGGGAGCACGUGUUCAAAGAAAAUGACAAAAAUCACGACGGUUUGAUUGACUUCCACGAAUUUAUGACUGAGACCCAACGCGCUGAGUUUAACCAAGAUGACGGCUGGAAAUCCAUAGACGAGAAUCAAAUUUAUACACAACAAGAGUAUACUGAGUAUGAACGCAGGCGUUUGGAGGAGUUACAUUAUCUUCAACAACGUGGCCUGGUUGACGCUCAUGGCCGUCCAGUUCCGGGUGCUGAACACCAAUUACAUCAAUAUCAACAACAGGUGUAUCAACAACAACAACAGGCGUAUCAUCAACAACAACAGGCGUAUCAACAAAAUCAACAUUACCAAGGUAACCAACAUUAUCCAGGACAGAUGCCGCCUCAGGGACAGAUGCCACCACAGGGCUAUAUGCCGCCUCAAGGACAGAUGCCGCCUCAAGGACAGAUGCCACCACAGGGUUAUAUGCCGCCUCAAGGACAGAUGCCACCCCAGGGACAGAUGCCACCUCAGGGACAGUUGCCACCCCAGGGACAGAUGCCAUCCCAAGGUCAUAUGCCACCUCAAGCUAAUAUGCCGGCUCAGGGACAGAUGCCACCCCAGGGACAGAUACCACCUCAGGGAUCGGUGCCAGCGCAGGGACAGAUGCCACCCCAGGGACAGAUUCCAAAUCAAGGACAAAUUACACAAGGACAGGCGCCACCUCAAGGACAGUUACCAAACCAAGGACAGAUGCCAAACCAGGGUCAGAUGCCACCACAGGGACAAAUGCCUCCACAAGGACAGGUGGCCCCUCAAGCACAAAUGACGCAAGGACAGGCGCCACCUCAAGGACAGAAUCCUCAAGGACAGAUACACCAAGCUCAAAUGACUCAAGGGCAAUCUCCACCUCAAGGACAAGCCCAAAUUCCACAAGGACAAGGUCAUAAUCAAGUCCCAUCUGGAAACCACUAGACGUUUAUUUUUUUAAGAUAAUUGAUUGAAUUCCCUUGGGGAAACAUCAGUUUUCAUUUAAUCUGUAGAUAGAAUUGGACAUCAAGUAUCACAAAUUAAACAUUAACAUGUAGAUUUAAAAUAAUAUAAUGUUGUAUCUUAAAAUUCUAUGACUUUAGUUAUCGGAAUUAAUGAUUUUUAUAUUUUUUAAUCUAUAGCAGUAUACUAUAUAUAGCACGCAAUAAAAUCUGUCACUAUUUAACUUGACUUUUACAGUGUACCAAGUAAAAGAUGUCUUACUGUUUACAUAGACAAUAGAUUUAUUGCGCCACCUAACGCACGCACUGUCGAGUGCCAAAAGAUCCUUGCAACUAUAAUCUAUGAUAACAUUUGUAGUACCUAUUUAAGAUAUUAGAUGGCGCUAAUAUUUGUUUCUUGAAAAAUAUGAUUUUUAUGUAAUAAAACUACUGUGUCUUCUCACCUUAACAUCUUAAAUUUCCACGUUCAACACGUUUUAACGUUACAAAGAUAAGCGACAUAGGCUAUAAGUAAUUGAAAUUGUUUCCAAGUUUUUAUAAUAAAAUUGUUGAAAUUAAUUCUAUUUAUAUAACUAUAGUAUAUUAUUCAAUGUUCCGAAGUGCCAACUAAGCACUCGAAAUUGUGUAUUUUAAAUUUAUCAUAACUAAAUUGACGGAGAUUGUUAGAAUUAGGUUAAAUAAAGCGUUCAUCGAAAU